UCCUUUUUUUUUUUUGCUAUCAAGUAGUAAAUGUCCAACAAUUCAUAAUCUACCAAUAAACCAAGAGAGAAAACAAGCAUUAAUUUGUUCUCUUAUAUGGAAUCUCUGAGUAAAGAUCCAAGUCCUUCAGAGGCUUCAAGCAUCAUCUCUACAACGGAAGUUCCCCCGUAAGAAGUGAAGGAUCAUGAAGAACAAGAUCAGCGAAAACAAACUCUUGUAUUCGAUCUAAACCUCAAUAGAAGUGAUCCAAAUCAAGAGCUCAAUCUCAUUGACUGCUUAAACAACAUGGGUUCUUCUCAAACUUGUUCAGAAAGUACUCCUCAAUCUACCGAUCAAGCUGAGCAAAGAGUCUUCUCAUGCAACUACUGCCAAAGAAAAUUCUACAGUUCACAAGCUCUGGGAGGACACCAAAAUGCUCAUAAAAGAGAGAGAACUCUAGCGAAAAGAGGACAAAGAAUAGGCACGACAUACACAGCAGCCUCAGCCAUUGCUUUUGGGCAACCAUAUAAUUUGCAUCACAAUCACUACUCUAGCAUAUCCUCUCUUCCUCUUCACGGUGGACAUAAUAGGUCUCUUGGAAUUCAAGUGCACUCAAUGAUCCAUAAGCCAACAACUCAUCACAUAUCAUCCGGUCAUGGAAUCAGCAAUACGUACGGACACGACAACUGGUGUAGGCCUCCUAUUGAACAACAACCAGCGAUAGGAAGAUUAUCAAUGGAGAAUUUUCAUGCAAGUUCAACAGGACCGUCAUCUCGAGCUAGUGUUGGUAGAUUCAACUCUUUCAGAACUAUGACGGGUUCUUCUCAGGUGGAUGAUCAAACCACUAGUAAUUGUAAUUGGUGGAAAGGUGGUGGUGGUGGUGGUGGUUUGAAGAGUUCUAGUCAGGAAGAUAUGCAGAAGCUCGAUUUGUCUCUCAAGCUCUAAUUAAUUAAGUUUCUCUUUAAUUAGUGUUAUAAUUAUUAUAAUUUUUUUUUUUAACUUAAUUUUGAAAUUUCUUGAUUGAGAUUUUGUUUACUCUUAAAUUUUGAGAGUAAUUAAUUAUUGUG